AUGUCUAAUCAACAAAAACAACAUCGUACGGCUAUUAGUGAUGACCUUAAACACCAAAUUUGUGAGUGGUCAGAAAACAAUAAAAAUAAAAAGCAUCAUGAGAUUGCUAGUUACUUUAAUGAAAAUCACCCAAAUUUAUCAAUCGAUCGAAGUACUGUAUCAAAAAUUUUGAAAGAAAGUGAUAAGUGGAUGGCC